AUGCAGUUGGAGCUUCAAGGAGUGUCUGCCGAUGCGUUCCGCGCUCUGCUCGACUACAUGUACUCCGGGAAACUACACCUCACCUGCCAGAACAUCGGGAAGCUGUACGUUACCGCUAGCAUCCUCAAGAUAGCCAGGGUCAAGAAGAAGUGCGCGAGGAUCCUGACCAAGUCCCCGUACGACCCAAAGCACGCGGUGUACGUCUACGUGACGGCACGCAAGUACGGCUUGGCGACUGUGUGCAAGCGGGCGCUGAAGCUGCUCCACCACCGACUGGAAGAGACAGUCACGUGCAAGCCUUUCCUCGACCUCGACGUCAACCAGGUCUGCGAAGUGCUCUCGGGAAACGCCGUCGGCGCCAGAGGCGAGAUGGUGAUGUUCCUGGCGGCUCUGCAUUGGCUCAACCACAACUACCUGGAGAACGAGCCGUACGUGUUGAAGGUGAUGCAGUGCGUACGCUUCGGCACCAUGAGCAUCGAGGAGCUGCUGUGCUGCCUGCAUCCGCCGCUUUUGCCCGGCAUCAUGGAGGUGCACGAGGUGCGAGCCCAUAUCUUGGCAGCCCUCUGCUACAAGGUUGCGGCCAUGUACAACCAGCAGCACCUGUUCCCAGCGCCACAGCUCAAACCUCGCUACUUCAAGCUGGACGGACCAAUCACGUUGUGGGACCUCAGCUUGUUCAGCGCAAUCAAGAAUCCGUCCGCAGCAGCACCUGCUUCCGGGUGUCCGAGAUAUCUCAACGAUGCCCGCGCCGAUAUUCUUCGGAAAGCACUGCCACUCGCCACUCAGUUUCCGGCGCAGCGAGAGCCCGUGUUCCACAGUGAUCCAUUGGCCGACUACCUGUUCCGCAACCGGGCCGAGAUCCCGCUCUCGCCCUGGAGCGACGACCCGUACGAGGGCCUGGGCGUCUACGCCUCGGGAGCGCAUGCCCGCGACCCGCGUUCGCCGGUGCUGCUCGUCGUGGGCGGUUUCGACCCGGACGCACCAGGCGACACCGCAGUUGGUACCAAGAUUCUUCGAUACCAUGUUGAAAAGAACAUCUGGGAAAAGUUGGACAGCUUCCCGAUGCCCCGGCAUCACCACAGCGCUGUGCUUUACAGAGACAAGUUGUACAUCACAGGGGGCUACGACAACUAUCAGACGGCACGGUCGAAGUUGGAGCCUACCAGCAUCUGCUUUUCAUAUGACCUCACGAAGAAGCUCUGGCAACCACUGCCCAGCAUGGUGCGCUCCAGGGCCUACCACGCUGCCGCCUGCUUCGACGGCACGCUCUUCGUAGUCGGUGGCAGGAGCUCGAACGGCGAGAUCCUGUCGUCUGUGGAGGCAUUGUGCCUGGACGAACGGCGCCAGUGGCAGGAGAUGCCGUGCCGCCUCUGCAGGCCUCGCAUGGCCGCAGGCAGCACGCAAAUGGGCGGUCGCCUCUGGCUUGCAGGCGGGCUCACCGACUCCCGAGCAGGUCUCGUGGUCAUCUCCGACGUCGAUUGCUUCGAUCCGUGCAACUGCGAAUUCUACUACCACGUGAACUUCCUUCCGACUCCUCGAUGCUUCUUCUCUCUGGUGGCGGUGGACGACAAACUGUUUGCGCUGGGCGGCUGUUCGGUGCGGGACAACGAGCUGGAGAGCCUUGGCGACGUCUGGUCAUGCCUGGACCACUGCUGGGAGCGGAGAGGCACCUUCGACCAGGGAUACCACGACGUGUGCACUGUCGCCUUCGGCGACAGCGUGUACAUGGUGGGCGGCCUGUCGUCGGACACGAAGUCAGGCAUCCGUGCCGUGUCCUGCUACCGCACCACGCACAACGCCUUCACGCCCAGCCUGGCGCCCCUGCCACGGACGCUGUGCGGAGCAUCCGUCGUCGUGCUGCCCCCGAUGGAACUCGAAGCGGCCAAUUCCGCUGGCCUGGACGGCAAGCGUUGCGCGGCCAUCUCUCGAGUCAGCGGAGGUGGCUCCGACGUCGAGAGUGAGCCCUCGCCCAACAAAGACAGGUGCGUCAGGGUGAAUCAUGUGACGGACUCCGGGCGCAGCUCGUCGGCUGGCACUCCGUCUCUAUACAGCGCACAGGUCGGACCGCCGUCAAGUCAAGGGAAUCCGUGGCACACGUGGCAUCGUACGAGCACCGAUCGCCCGUCGUCGUGUGAGCCCACUAGUGCCGUUAUCGCCACCGCUGCUGUGCCACCCGAACGAGUACAGCAAUCGCAGCAGCCGCCACCACGUUGCGCCCAUUCCGAGUACAGGAGAUCGGAGGCCAACAAGUAGGCUUUCGACUCUGCUCCAGGCCCCGUGCUAGUGCAACGCUGAAGAGAUUGGUCCUUU